AUGCUCAAGGAGGAUUAUGGUGCGGAAUGCAAAUUGUGCACAAGACCAUUCACGGUGUUUAGCUGGAGCGCCGAUCGAGCCCACGGCCGGAAGAAACGAACGAAUAUCUGCCUUACAUGCGCACGCUUGAAGAAUUGCUGCCAAGCAUGUAUGCUCGACCUGUCUUUCGGCCUCCCCAUCGUCGUUCGCGAUGCUGCUCUGAAAAUGGUAGCCCCAGGCCCAUCCUCCGAUAUCAACCGCGAAUACUUCGCGCAAAACAACGAGCGUGCCAUUGAGGAAGGCCGUGCCGGGGUGGAGGAGUAUGAGAAGACCGACGACAAGGCCCGAGAGCUUUUAAGGAGGUUAGCUGCCAGCAAGCCUUAUUUUCGAAAGGGCCGACCGGUGGAUGGCUUGGACGGCGAACCGCAGUUGAGUUCGGCUUCUGCGUCCGGCUCGGGUCCCGGUCCAAGAGAAGGGUUUGGAGGCAACCCCGCCGUGGGCGCUGGAAUUGGUGGCCCUGGACCGAUUCGAACUAGAGACUCCAGAGCCGCCGCGGCCACGGGCGCCCGUCCCGUCAGAGCCAAGCAGACCUUCCCUAGUGCAGCGCAGCUGCCGCCGGGACCCCAAGACUACAUGCCGCCGGCUGAUCAGAACAUCAUGUCUCUUUUCGUGACCGGAGUGGAAGAUGACCUGCCUGAGCACAAGAUUCGCGAUUUCUUCAAAGUCCAUGGCAAAAUCAAGAGUCUGGUCUGUUCACACAUGUCACACUGCGCAUUCGUCAACUACGAGACAAGAGAGGCUGCAGAAAAGGCAGCGGCGACGUGCCAGGGUCGGGCUGUCAUCGCUGGCUGCCCUCUGCGCGUUCGAUGGGGUGUUCCCAAGGCUCUUGGCACGAUGGACAAGGAGCAGCGAACCCAGAUGCUCAUGGAUGCUCGCCUGCGACAAGGUCGUUCGCGCGGGGGCGGCCAGCCCGGGCGGAAACAAAUCACAGAUAGGUCUGGUGCUGGAGACACUGCCCAGCUAGCAGCUUCAGCUGUCGUUGCGCCGCCGCCGGGUGCAGACGAUGGCCCUCGAUAUGCAAGUCUUCAGGGCGAUUAG